GGCCGGGGCUGGGAGCGUGUGACGCCGCAGGCCGCGGCGGAGCUGGGGAUUAAUGGGAAAAGUUUUGGCAGGAGCUGGGGGAUUCUGCGGAGCCUGCGGGACGGCGGCGGCGGCCAGGACAGCGCUGUGCAGCGGUGUGGGCAUGCGCGUGGGACUCACUCAGAGGCUCCUGCUCACAGACAGAUGAAGACAAACCCACCAUAAAGGCAGUCCAUCUGCGCUCAGACCCAGAUGGUGGCAGAGCUAUGACCAGGCCUGCAGGCGCCACGCCAAGUGGGGGUCAGUCAUGGAACAGCCACAGGAGGAGAUCCCUGAGGCCCGGGAAGAGGAGAAAGAGGAAGUGGCCACGGGUGACGGAGCCCCGGAGCUCGAUGGGGGACCAGAGCCCACGAUUCCUUCCAGCAGCUGUGCAGAUCUCUCCCAGAAUUCCUCCCCUUCCUCCCUGCUGGACCAGCUGCAGAUGGGCUGUGAUGGGGCCUCAAGCGGCAGCCUCAACAUGGAAUGUCGGGUGUGCGGGGACAAGGCCUCUGGCUUCCACUACGGGGUCCACGCGUGCGAGGGGUGCAAGGGCUUCUUCCGCCGGACAAUCCGCAUGAAGCUCGAGUAUGAGAAGUGCGAUCGGAUCUGCAAGAUCCAGAAGAAGAACCGCAACAAGUGUCAGUACUGCCGCUUCCAGAAGUGCCUGGCGCUCGGCAUGUCGCACAACGCUAUCCGCUUUGGACGGAUGCCAGAGGCCGAGAAGAGGAAGCUGGUGGCGGGGCUGGCGGCCAGCGAGGGGUGCCAGCACAAUCCCCAGCUGGCCGACCUGAAGGCCUUCUCCAAGCACAUCUACAACGCCUACCUGAAAAACUUCAACAUGACCAAAAAGAAGGCCCGGAGCAUCCUUACUGGCAAGUCCAGCCACAACGCACCCUUUGUCAUCCACGACAUCGAGACACUGUGGCAGGCAGAGAAGGGCCUGGUGUGGAAGCAGCUGGUGAACGGGCUGCCGCCCUACAACGAGAUCAGCGUGCACGUGUUCUACCGCUGCCAGUCCACCACGGUGGAGACGGUCCGAGAGCUCACCGAGUUCGCCAAGAACAUCCCCAACUUCAGCAGCCUCUUCCUCAACGACCAGGUGACCCUCCUCAAGUACGGCGUGCAUGAGGCCAUCUUUGCCAUGUUGGCCUCUAUCGUCAACAAAGACGGGCUGCUGGUGGCCAAUGGUAGUGGCUUCGUCACCCAUGAGUUCUUGCGCAGCCUCCGUAAGCCCUUCAGUGACAUCAUUGAGCCCAAGUUCGAGUUUGCUGUCAAGUUCAACGCGCUGGAGCUCGAUGACAGUGACCUGGCACUUUUCAUCGCGGCCAUCAUUCUGUGCGGAGGUGAGGGGGCGGGGCCUCCCUGCAAGGGACCAAGCCGGACCUCAGACAGUGUAGCACAGAGCACAUGUAUGUGUAGAGCAUCUUGCUGGACAGACAGAGACCGGCCAGGCCUCAUGAAUGUGCCACAGGUAGAAGCCAUCCAGGACACCAUUCUGCGGGCUCUAGAAUUCCAUCUGCAGGUCAACCACCCCGACAGCCAGUACCUCUUCCCCAAGCUGCUGCAGAAGAUGGCCGACCUGCGGCAGCUGGUCACUGAGCAUGCGCAGAUGAUGCAAUGGCUAAAGAAGACGGAGAGUGAGACCUUGCUGCACCCCCUGCUCCAGGAAAUCUACAAGGACAUGUACUGAGGCUGCAGCCCAGGCCUCCCCACAGGCUCCGCUGGGCCCAGCCAUGGACUGUUCAGAGGACCAGCCCACAGGCACUGGCCACAGCCCAAGCCGCUAGAGCCUGCUCACAACACUCCAGACACCCGGCCCAGACUCUCACCCUCUGUCCCCAUCCCCUUUUCUCCCCAGCACUUCCUGUUCUUGCUGUCUCCCCAGCGCCCUUGCUCCUCCCCCACCUGUCCCCACAUCUGUCUGAUUCACAUCACUGAACCUGUCGGGAUGCUCACCAGCAGCCUAGGGGCCUGCGCUGGCCCGGUCCUGCCUCUCCGCUGUCUCCUCUUCAAAGACAUGAGCCAUCCAAAGAAACACUACGUUCUGUCUGGGCCCAGCUUUCCAAGAAGCCGGGCCUGGACCGACUGCCAUCCCAGCCUGUGGCCACCACCACAGGGCUCCGCCUCUGGAGAGUGGGCAAGGAGCCUGGGCCGGGAGCCAUAUUCCCAAGCUGUCUCAACCCUAGGCACUCACUCUUACUCUGGCACCCUCCUCUCUUCUCGCCAGUGUCCUAGGUCAUUGUCACUGAUGGCCCUUGUGCUGCCUGGAGAUGUCCCCUCCAGAUGCAGUCCAGCAGCCCCAUUGAAAGGAAGGGGUAGGGGCUGGCCAGAAUGAGCAGCACACUUAGUUCUGAUGCUAGGACUCGGGCUUCCCAGGGUUCCCAGGGUCAGAAGCCCCUCCAUCAGCACCCCUGCCUCCUCUACCCUGUAGCAGCAUCCAGACUGGCAGAUCCCAGUACCAGGAACGUCCCGGGACCAUAGCUGUACUUCUUUCUGGGAGAUGCUGGCACACCUGCUCCUGCAGCUGCCUCAGUGUAGUCACUGGGUCAACUCUCGGUCACUCCAGAGCCCCUACUGUGCCUUCCCCAAGGCCACUGGGGUACAGCCACGGGGCCCUGCACCUAGGACUGGUAGUCUGUGAGCAGACUGGGAUAUUCUGCCCUGCAGAGCUGCCAGGGCUCCUCCGACCCUGUCCCCUCUCCCACUCACACAUACCAGCAGCUCUGCAGCCUUCUCUUUUUGGCCUGGCUGGUCACCAGCUCCCAGCUGCUGCUUCAAGUGGCUUGAAGCCUGCCGGGUGCUCCCACACUUGGCCCAGCCCAGUAGAUCCUGGCUGGGCCCACAGGGAUCCACCAGCCAGGAUCCCUGGAGAAAAGCACUGGACACCUGGGCUUUGAGGAUCCCUGUCCAGUCCUUUGUGGCUUGGAGAGGUAGUGAGCCCAGGGCCAGCUCCUGCCAGUGCAUUGGCCUGUUGCCAGUUUAUUCCCCGCUAGCACGCUCCCUGUCCCCCACCUCUACUGAUCAGGUCUCGGGGCCCAGGCUGUGAAUGGAGCUGCAUACCCUGCCCCGCCCCCACCCGCCCUGCUCCGCUCCGCCCCACCCCGCUCCGCUCCGCCCCGCCCAGGUCUGGUGCUGAGGAUGCAGCUCCUCUCAGGGUCUGAAGUCUCCAAAACUGAAAUGUAUAUUUUUGCUAGGAGCCCCAGCUUCCUGUGUUUUUAAUAUAAAUAGUGUAUACAGACUGACGGAACUUUAAAUAAAUGGGAAUUACGUAUUUAAGAGCUGA